UGAAAGAUUUUGAAGUUCUGUCGUCAUUUCGUAGAUUGUUAGGCCGGUUUGGAAUUAUGGAACAAGUAUUUCAGAACGGGAAUUAUCAGAGGGAGGCGAAUGCAAAUAUGACUACAACGGAAUUACAGAAAGAGGACUCAUUAUUUGAUCAUAUGGAGAUCUCAAUAGUUGAAGCUGAGAAACGAGCAAAUGGAGCUUUGAAUUUAAGAGAAUUUUAUAUAGUCUACCUCAUUGAGACUAAAGUUACUGAUCCAGACUUUAAUGGAGCAAUUAGCAAAAUAAGCUCCCUGUGGCGUCGAUAUACAGAAUUUGAAUUACUCCGAGCUUACUUAGAAAUUUCUUAUCCAUAUAUUGUUUUGCCUCCAUUACCAGAGAAAAAAGUUCUCUAUCCAUGGCAAAAAGUUACCACUGACACAUUUGAUCCAGAUUUUGUUGAUCGACGUAGAGCAGGUCUUGAGAAUUUCCUUCUGAGAGUAGCAUCACAUCCUAUAUUGUCUCGUGAUGAGCAUUUCAUGGGGUUUCUACAACAGAAGGAUGGUUGGAGAGAAAGUAUUAAAGAGAGUGGAUAUUUGCAAUUAGCGGAAUCAAAAUUAAAAGCACUAAGUGUAGCAGUGCGAUUAAGAAAACCAGAUAAACGAUUUGAAACAAUAAAAAAUUAUGGAAUUGAACUUCAGAAUAACUUGUGCAAUCUUCUUCGGGUACGUGCAAGAUUAGUAGAAAAACAAUACAGUUUGUACAAACUACAUGCAAACUAUGGUCGUGUAUUCAGUGAAUGGAGUGCCAUAGAAAAAGAAAUGGGUGAUGGAUUACAGAAAUCGGGCCACUAUCUGGAUUCGUUGGCCGCGACAAUAGAUACCACUCUUGAAGAAGAAGAAUUAAUAGCGGAUCAAUUAAAAGAAUGGCUAUUCGGUGCAUCAGCUUUACAAGCAGUUGUCAAGCGAAGAGAAGCUUUGCAACUAACUAAAGAUGAAGCUCAUGAUGCCUUGACCACUGCAUUUGAGCAAAAAGAAAAAGUCAUGCAAGGAAAAUCAGGAUUAAUGUCACGGUUGUUUGGUUCAGUGGAUACAGAGGAAGUCCGCGAAUUGAAAAUAUUACAAUUGGAGCAAAGAAUUGCACAGCACGAAGAAGCUAUGAAGCAAGUAGAUGAAGACUUAAAGUCUUUCUCUAUUAAAGCAAUGAUGGAUAUUGAGAGAUUUCAGCAUCAGAAGGUAGUAGAUUUAAAAGAAAUUUUGGCAGCUUAUUGCAUCUUACAAUUCAAACUUGCUAAAAAGGGAAUGCAAGCUUGGCAGCAUAUCAAGAGUUGCCUAGAAAAUAUGCCAUAG